GGGGGGGGGGCGGGGAGGGGGCAACAUGGCGGCUCCGUGUUAACUUCCCCCCCUCGGCAGCCCGCGCUGCCGCCGCUCUCCCCCGCUCCCCCCCCCCCGAGCCCUGACAUGCCGGGCAUGAUGGAGAAGGGAGCGGAGCUCUUAGGGGGCAAGAGCCGGGCAGCCCCCAACGGCACCAAGAGCAGCAGCCCCUCCAACGGGCACUACUCGGAGCCGGAGAGCGGCGGCGGUGACAGUGGCGACGAGCACGAUGUAGGAAUGAGGGUCGGAGCGGAAUACCAGGCGCGCAUUCCUGACUUCGAGCCCGGUGCCACAAAAUAUACUGAUAAAGAUAAUGGAGGGAUGCUUGUAUGGUCUCCAUAUCAUAAUAUUCCAGAUGCCAAGUUGGAUGAAUAUAUAGCAAUAGCAAAGGAAAAACAUGGAUACAAUGUGGAACAGGCUCUCGGCAUGUUGUUCUGGCAUAAACACAAUAUUGAGAAGUCCCUUGCGGAUCUCCCUAACUUCACUCCUUUCCCUGAUGAAUGGACAGUUGAAGAUAAAGUCCUAUUUGAACAAGCAUUUAGCUUCCAUGGAAAGAGCUUUCACAGGAUCCAGCAAAUGCUUCCAGACAAGACUAUCGCAAGCCUUGUAAAAUAUUACUAUUCCUGGAAAAAAACUCGCUCUAGGACAAGUUUGAUGGAUCGGCAGGCUCGAAAACUAGCUAAUAGAAAUAAUCAAGGUGACAGUGAUGAUGACGUAGAAGAAGCUCAUCCAAUGGAUGGAAAUGAUAGUGAUUAUGAUCCCAAAAAAGAAGCUAAAAAGGAGGUAACAGAUAGCUUAAUGGGCAAUAAUGAGCAGCCUGUUCAGACCAGCAAAAUAGGUCUGGGUAGAAGAGAGUAUCAGAGCUUGCAGCAUCGCCACCAUUCUCAGCGUUCCAAAUGCCGUCCACCAAAAGGCAUGUACCUGACCCAGGAAGAUGUGAUAGCUGUUUCCUGUAGUCCCAAUGCAGCCAACACAAUUCUUAGACAGCUGGAUAUGGAACUAAUCUCAUUAAAGCGACAGGUUCAAAAUGCUAAGCAAGUAAACAGUGCACUUAAACAGAAAAUGGAAGGCGGGAUUGAAGAAUUCAAACCUCCUGAGUCUAAUCAGAAAAUCAAUGCCCGUUGGACCACAGAAGAGCAGCUUCUUGCAGUACAAGGUGUCCGAAAAUAUGGUAAAGAUUUUCAAGCUAUUGCAGAUGUAAUUGGCAACAAGACUGUUGGCCAAGUGAAGAACUUCUUUGUAAACUACAGGCGUCGGUUUAACUUAGAGGAGGUAUUGCAGGAAUGGGAAGCGGAACAAGGAACCCUGGCUUCUAAUGGUGAUGCUUCUGCUUUAGGGGAGGACACAAAAAAUACUUCUAAUGUGCCAUCAGGAAAGAGCACUGAUGAAGAAGAUGAGGCACAAAGCACUCCGGCCACUCAGUGUUUAGGCCCUUCACCUCCAGCACAGGCAUCUGCUCCAGCACCUACCGCUCCCAUCGCAACUUUAAAUCAGCCACCCCCGUUACUUCGUCCAGCGCUUCCUGCUGCUCCUGCUCUCCAUCGUCAGCCUCCACCACUUCAACAGCAGGCGCGAUUUAUUCAGCCAAGGCCGACUCUAAAUCAGCCUCCCCCACCACUCAUCCGCCCAGCUAAUUCCAUGCCUCCUCGUCUAAAUCCAAGGCCAGUGUUAACCACGGUUAGCGGCCAGCAGCCACCCUCGCUUAUUGGAAUUCAGACAGAAUCUCAGUCCACUCUGCACUGAAGAAAUAAAGCAGAAUUAUGCUAACUCCUACAUUUGAAAAAUUGUAUCAAUGUACUUUUUUUUUUUUUUUUUUUUUCCCCCCAGAUAAUGAAGGGGAGAAAAGAGCAAGCCUUCACAGGUAUCAGACCAGUUUUACAGAGGAGCAAGCUAAUAACUAGAAAUGGAACCAUGUGAGUGACCACCUGUAUAAAAAUAUUUUUAUGUCGAAGACUUGUACAGCAGAACAAUGCCUACAAUACAGCCCUCCUCUAUAUGAAUAACUGUUGAAGGAAGUUAACUUCUUAAAUGAAUAAAUGUUCAAGACACCAAGAUUUUGUUUAACUGAUUUUUACUCUAUUUAUUUUAUUACAGUUCUUUGUAGUCAAGCAUCUAACUACAAGAAAGUAGUCUGGCAAAUCUAGGAAUAGAUAAUAUUGUAGGAGACUUAAAUGUAGCAUUGGGUUUUUUUGUGUGUGUGUGUGUGUUUGGUUUUUGGGUUUUUUUUUUCACUACUUAGUGCAAAAAAAUAAUGGCCUUAGGUUCAGAAUUUUUGGCCCUGUUUAGAUAACAGUAGAAGCAUUUCACGCACUUGUAAAAUGUAGGUGUUUCUUCUCUUCAUGUUCUUCCCAGAACGCUUUUUCUUGUUUAAAAAUGUACUGUCUUAUUAAAUACUCAUCUGAAAGAGUAUUCUGAAGACUCAAUAAGCUAUUGUACCAAACUUACUAAAUCUCGUGCGUGUUCUACUCCUAGAAGUUGGCUGAAAACAGGAGUCUGGUUUCCUGCUGCAGUAUCUCUUGUGGGCUGGGGUGGAGAGAGAGGCAGCAACUUCCACCACCCGGGGGAUGACAGGAGAGGAACCAUAUAGCAAGAACCAUUAAUUUAAUUUGUUAUUCCACUAAUUCUUCUAAUUUAAGUACAGUAGAAUUUAAUUCCUCUGAGAAUGGCUGUCUGCAGUUUGUGUAUGUUAGAUCAUUGAUAUCUUACCUAAAAUUCAUGAGGGAAGUAUAGAGGCUGAUGCAGGUAGUAGAAUAUUGUGGCAGUAGAAUUACCUGCGGCCAGCCCAGUCUUACUGUUAGCAGAAAUCAGAGAUAAUAAUUUAUUUCUGGCAGAGUUGAUUAGCUGGGUUUUGAGGCUACUGUGGGGUUUUUUGUUUGUUUUGUUUAUUGACUAAGUAAAAUCUGCAUUUGGGUAUUAAUUAUUGCUUCCAGAUUUUAGGAGAUUGAAAGGUUUUCUUUCCACUGUAUUCUUUUCUGAAACCUUGAUUUAUGCCCAGCAGUGUUUUGGAGGUGGGGUUUUUUUUUAGUUUGGUUGGGUUUUUGUUUGUUAAAGUAGAUGCCUCUACCCUCCAAGUAAACCAGGCUGCAAAUUUGAGUAGCACUGUUUGAAACUGUGUGAUCUGAAUCAAGCUAUUGAAAAAAUAUUGCAUUCUUGACUAUGUAAUAACAUUCAUGUUGACUGCCAUACUAUUUAGAAAAUUAGCUUUGCUUAUAGCUGAAAUGAUGUUUGAAAAUCCUUUUAAAUCCAUUCUGUUAUUAACUAGAUUUGCCCUUGACUAAAAUGAGACUUUAUUUGAAAAUGGAAUGUGCUCUCCCUAGGCUUUUUCACAGAUAAAUUGGAUGGUCUAACAAUCAGUUUAGCAGCUGGCUAAGGUCUUUUUUAUGUGCAAAGGGAAGUUCUUACAGCAUCAGAUCCUAUUUAAUUUGUAAAUCUAGUAUUAAAGUUUGAUAGUUGUGGCCUGAACUGCAGUUAAGGUGUUGACCUUUAUGGUUUAGUUCUUCAUUUAAAAAUAUUUUCAGAUCAAACUUGAGAGAUUUUUCUUUCUGAUCAGCUUUCACUGGUGUGCCGAGGUCUCGUACAAAAGGUCCUUCUUACAAAUUCUCUUUUGCAUCAGAGUAGAUGCUUAGCCACUACAUGAGCAUCAGAUGACCUCUCGUCUAAGAAAAGCAGCUUUGUAAAACAAGCACCGAGGAAUUCAUGGUCACUGAAACUUGUGUUCUGGGAGUCAUAACUGUCCCCUCACCAGCUACACACAAAUCUGGCUGCUCUCCAGACUUUAAAACCAAUACAAAACCAAUCUGGUACAUUUUGACAUCCUAAGUAUUUCAGUUUAAUUCUUAACAGUGAUAAGAUACAUCUUCAGGAUUUUUUUUUCUUUCCUUUUUUUUUUUUUUUUUUUAGCAUUGAGUCUCCCAGGUGUAUGUAUUGUACCUUCGCUACUUUUUGUCUUGUCUCUUGUCGAUAGACUUCAGUAUGCAGAAUGUUGGGUGUUGCAGUACAGUUGGCCACCACCAACUGCUAUAAAACUGUUCAGUACAUUGUAAUUCCGUUUAAUCUUGUUUAAAUAUUCUAUAACUGGGCAAAGGUGCUGUAUUUGAAGGGGGGAGGGAGGGUCAGAGAUAGGUAGUAUUUCUUAAUUUACAUACACUGUAGCACACAGUAGGGAACUCCUAGCAUUUGUAGUACUAAAUAAGUAUGUACAUAGCAAAAUGUCUUUAUUGUGUGCUUUGCAGAAUAUGUGCAUACAGUUUGCACGUCCUGUUUUGGGGGGUAGGGUUUGUUUUAAGCAGUGUUUGCCUGGAGAGUGAUAUGCUUGCUGCUUAAUCAAAGGAUUAAAGUUUCAAAGAAAUCUGUGUCUUCUAUUUUUAUGUACCUUGUAAUGGUCUAAUAUGUUAGGGCCCUUAUACUGUGAUUCUCUUCUAAAUUCAUUUAUAUUUUUUUAAGAAUUAGAAAUAAAAUUAUACAAUGGUGUUGAUUUCAGUGGGGAAUUUCUUUUGCCAUAUCUAGUCUCCUGUUUUGUAAUGUAGUAAUGAACUCCGACUUCAAGGUUGGCUUAAUUUUGUCACUUUAAAAAAAUGUAAAAUGUUUGCACACUAAAGUUUGGCAGAGGACAUGUAUCCUACAUUGUUCAAAGCUAAUGUAAUUCUACAGCUUUUUGUACAGUUUAUUUUAGUUAAUAAAGCAAAACGGUACUAAAAAAAUGACAGAUUUUACAAAUGCAAGGCAUAAUCUGAAUGACAUGUCUUCUAGGAACAACACUUGCAAAAUAUGGAUGUACAAGAACUACCAGAUUUAAUUGUUGCACUUUAAAUCAGAAUGGGUAUGAAGUUAAGCAGGUAUUUCUGUAUUAAUAAAACAAUCACUAAACAUUUCA